UAUAUUAAAGAGUUUAUCGCCUCAGAGCAGGAACAAAAAAUCAGUUUAGUCUUAAAUUUAGAAUCUAAACCAAUCAGUUGUUACAAUUAUUAAUUAAUUAUAAUUUUAAUUACAAAUUUAAAAAAAAAAUGAAUAUUAGUUUAAGCCGUAAUAGUUUAAAGCUUUUUAGUUUUUCAAAAAUAAAGUCUAUCAAGUGCAAUGCUCGGAGUUCAUCUCAGUAUUACCCAAUUGAUGAACAUAUUUUCGGAUUAAAUGAACAGCAAAAAGAGUUACGAACGUCUGUUUUUAAUUUUGCGCAAAAAGAAUUAGCCCCGAACGCUUCUCAAAUUGAUAAGAACAACAAUUUUGAUGAUUUACGAUCAUUUUGGAAACAACUUGGUAAUCUAGGUCUGUUAGGAAUUACAGCACACCCCAAGUAUGGAGGUACAGGUGGUAGUUACUUAGAUCACGUAAUCGUGAUGGAAGAAUUAAGUCGUGCUUCCGCAUCUAUUGGCUUGAGUUAUGGCGCCCACUCGAAUUUAUGCAUCAAUCAGAUCCAUCGAAAUGGAACAGAAGAACAGAAACUCAAGUAUCUGCCAAAAUUAUGCAGCGGCGAACAUUUCGGUGCAUUGGCGAUGUCUGAAUCAGGAUCAGGUUCGGAUGUUGUCUCAAUGAAACUUAAAGCUGAAAAACACGGAGACUACUAUAUUUUAAAUGGUAAUAAAUUUUGGAUUACCAAUGGUUCUGAUGCUGAUACUCUUGUCGUUUAUGCCAAAACAAAUCCUAAUGUUGAUAAACCACAACAUGGGAUAACAGCAUUUAUUGUUGAAAAAGGUACUGAAGGUUUUAGUACAGGAAUUAAAUUAGACAAGCUUGGCAUGCGCGGUUCUAAUACAGCCGAAUUAAUCUUUCACGAUUGCAAAAUACCUGCUAAAAAUAUAUUAGGUGAAUUGAAUAAAGGAGUUUACGUUUUGAUGAGUGGAUUAGAUUUAGAAAGACUUGUUUUAGCUGGAGGUCCACUUGGAAUUAUUCAAGCGUGUUGUGAUAUAUCAUUCGAAUAUGCUCACGAAAGAAAACAAUUUGGCAAAAGAAUUGCCGAAUUUCAAAUGUUACAAGCAAAGAUAGCUGAUAUGUAUACUAUUUUGAGUGUAAGUAGAAGUUACUUAUAUUCCGUAGCAAGAGCUUGUGACGCCAAUCAUAUAAAUCGUAAAGAUUGUGCUGCAGCUAUUCUCUUUUGUGCAGAAAAUGCGACGAAAGUUGCAUUAGAUGCUAUUCAAAUACUGGGGGGAAACGGAUACAUAAAUGAUUAUCCGACAGGUCGUUUAUUAAGAGACGCAAAAUUGUAUGAAAUUGGUGCAGGAACUAGUGAAAUUCGAAGAUUAGUAAUAAGUCGAGCAAUUACUGAAGAGUAUUCGUAAAUAAAAAUAUUUUCCAUGUAAAUUAGAUAAAGUUUUUUUUAUAUCUUAGUAUUUUAUAUUAAAUGAUCUGUUAUUAUAUCUUUAUAUUUAAUGUAUAUCCCUGAUUAAAAAUACUCAUUGAAAAGUAUUGAAAAAGAUGAGAAUUGAAUACUUUCGAAU